AUGCCUUGGAACACAGAGCUAACGCGCAAGCUGGGCAUCAGAGUGCCCGUCGUGCAGGGUGGCAUGAUGUGGGUGGGCUAUGCAGAGAUGGCCUCAGCAGUCUCCAAUGCUGGCGGACUGGGCAUCAUCACGGGUUUAAUCUUCCCCUCGCCAGAUGAGCUGCGCAAAGAGAUUCGCAGGUGCAGGUCCAUGACCAAGGCACCGUUUGCAGUGAACCUCACACUGCUCCCGGCCAUGGUACCUCCCGACUAUGGAGCGUACGCCCAGGCUAUCAUUGAUGAGGGCGUCCGUAUCGUCGAGACCGCUGGUAACAGCCCAGGCCCGGUUAUUGCCAAGCUCAAAAAAGCCGGAUGCACUGUUCUUCACAAGUGCACCACCAUCCGCCAUGCACAAAGCGCUGUGAAGUUGGGUGUUGACUUCUUGAGCAUUGACGGCUUCGAAUGCGCAGGACACGUCGGCGAGACUGACAUCACAAACUUCAUCCUCCUUAGCCGGGCCCGCCAAACACUGAAGACUCCGUUCCUUGCAUCAGGCGGCUUCGCUGACGGCAAUGGCCUGGCAGCAGCACUCUGCCUAGGAGCCUGCGGUAUCAACAUGGGCACGCGCUUCAUGUGCACAAUAGAGGCACCGAUACACCAGAACAUCAAAGAGGCAAUCGUCAAUGCCCAGGAGACUGACACGGCACUUGUUCUACGCCGAUGGAAAAAUACGACUCGCCUCUUCAAGAACAAGGUCACGGAGGAAGCCUUGAAAGUUGAGAAGGAAAGUAAGGAUGGCAAGUUUGAGGAAAUCGCGCCUUUCGUAAGCGGAAAGCGCGGCCGGCAGGUCUUUUUGAAUGGAGAUCCGAAUUUUGGCGUUUGGACUGCGGGUCAGGUCAUUGGACUUAUUCACGACAUCCCCACUUGCGCUGAACUCGUCUCGAGGAUCGAGAAGGAAGCACAGGCAGCAUUAAAUGACAGGCUCAACUUGUUCACGCCGUCGAGCAAACUAUAG